AAAAAAAUCCACAAUUUCAUAAUCUUCCUUACUAAUAUUGCCCCAAGUACAAAAUUAAUCCUUUCGAUUGAAUGUACUAUUUGUCCUAGUACUGUUUAAUGAGAACUUGUUUGAACUAAAUACAUUAGCAGCAAAAUUGCUCUUCUGGAGUUUCCAGAUGUCAUAAAAGUAAUUUCUCUUUUAGGUCAAGAUCUUAUUCAGCAUAAUUCUUCUGGAAGUAAUGAGCUGAAUGGGAGUUUACGACUGACAGCACCAUCAAUUAGCAAUCAGUCAACAGGUGCUACGUUAACUAUAAGCAAUGAUCAACUUCUGUCUCAGGGUACAUCACUGAACGCUUCAGAACUUAAUACGUCAAGUGGAAAUCUUCCUUCAGCACCACCCAUGUCUCAAUCCACAGUUUCUGCUCAAAACUUAGUAAUGUCUUCGUCAGGAGUUGGAGGAGAUGGUAGUGUUACCUUGACCUUGGCUGAUACUCAGGGCAUGUUAUCUAGUGGUCUUGAUUCAGUUACACUUAAUAUCACUUCACAGGGUCAGCAAUUCCCUGCUUUACUCACAGAUUCUAGUCUCUCCAGCCAAAGCGGUUCGGGCUCACAACAAGUCAUACUGGUGAGCCAUGCACCAAAUUCAGCAUCUACAAACUCUGAUGAAAUAACAUAUCAGGUGGCUGAGGUUUCUUCUAACCUGACUAAGGGUAAUCAAGAAAAAGAGGGCCGUGUACACCAAUGUUUUGAAUGUAGUCAGACCUUUUCUUCAGCUACGAUGUUAAUGCACCACAGUAAAGAGGUUCAUGGCAAGGAGAGAAUUCAUGUAUGCCAUGUUUGCAAUAAAGCCUUCAAACGGGCAACACAUCUCAAGGAGCACAUGCAAACUCAUCAGGCUGGACCUUCACUAAGUUCCCAGAAGCCACGAGUAUUUAAAUGUGAUACCUGUGAAAAGGCUUUUGCUAAACCAAGUCAGCUGGAGAGGCACUGCCGCAUACACACAGGGGAACGUCCAUUUCAGUGUACACUGUGUGAUAAAGCUUUUAACCAGAAGAGUGCCCUUCAGGUGCAUAUGAAAAAGCACACGGGAGAGAGGCCUUACGAAUGUGAUUACUGUGCAAUGGGCUUUACACAGAAAAGCAAUAUGAAACUCCAUAUGAAACGAGCUCAUGGCUAUGCUGGUACUAUACAAGAAUCUGCCAGUCAGCAAGAACAAGAAGGGGAAGAUAUUAAUCGUGCUUUGAAUUUAGAAGAGGUUGUUCAAGAAUCUUCAAAUGAAUGGCAGAGUAUAAGCAAUGUUUUUCGAUGACACCUUAGUUGAAAGCUUUGCUUUCAGGACUUGAAUUACUCAACAUAUGUUUUGAAAAAAGUAAAGCAUAUGGAUUUUACAGUUGAUGCUUCAAGCAUUGAAAAUAUUAACAAUAGAAUAAUAUAUUAUAGUUUUUUUAAUUAUUUACAAAAAGUACUUAAAGAAUCAUUGUUUUUGUAAGCUUGUGGGAAAAUAUUGAAAAAACAUCAAUUAAUCUGUGUUAAGUUGUCUACAAAUCAGUGAACUCAGGUAAUACUACAUGCGGUUUCAUCUUCUAACCCACAGACAGUAUAUCUAGUUGAACAAUUAACUGGAACUUCAUAUCAGGAAAGAGUGAUUCCCUUGUAUUAGUAAAGAAGAUGAAAAGUAACUUCAUGGGAAAACCAUGAAAAUUGUCAUUUACUUUUUUAUUUUAUUUUUUUAAUGUAUAGCAAAAAUGCUUGAGGUUAGAAAGAAAAGUGUUAUGACAGAGAUGCAUGCAGUACAAAAUUAAUUUUUACAAUGCACAGUAAAGUGUUAAAAGUCUGUUCUUAGUUUCUUUUGGUGCUUUUGAGGAAUUUUGGAAAGUGAAUUGCCCUUGCAUUAAAUGGUAUUUAUGUAGCUAAUCUCUUGAGAGGUGACCAGGCUAUUUCCAUUCCAGUUGUAGAGACAGUCAUUAGUUUUUUCCAUCAAAAUGUCUGAGGCUUCAAACUCAGCAAUAAAUAUUCAAAGAAAAUCCAAACUAAAGAGAUUAAACUGAUUGAACGCCCCCAUUUUUAGGUUUGCUGUAAGGAUCAGCAGGCAGAUACUUGAGUAUUUGUGGAAAGCAUAAGCCAUAUUCUAAAGCUGAGAGGUAACUUAAAAUUGUACAUUUUAAUACCAGAUGGGAAGUAAGCUGCAGUACAGGUCACCCUCAAUUAACAUAAAGUAAUCUGUACUGUAGACAUUUUUAGUUCCAAAUCUGUAAAAGUAUCAUUAUUUUCUCAUGCAUCUAUUCUGAAAGCAUUUUACCAUGGUGUGUGGGGCGGGUUUUGGUGUGGUUUUAUUUUUUGUUUUUUUUUGUUUGUUAUUUUUUCAGUAAAACUACCUAGUUAACUUAAGGUACAUCUACAGCUAUGGCAGUGUGUAGAGUAGAGACACAGCAUCCCCAGCUAGCAGGGGUAUAAAUAGCAGUGUAGAUGGUGAGGUAUGGCUUAGGUGAGUAGCGUAGAGUGCCCUACACAACUCAGCCCUCAGGGUAUAUAUCCAACACGGCUCUCUGCAUAUCCAAGCACGGCCUCCCAUGUCUAUGUUGCUAAUUUCUGCAGGUAGCGUUCCACUGCCUCUCCGCUGCCAGAGCCUUUUCGUUGCUUCCUGCACACAGCAGUAUGUAGCUACUCAUGUUAGUGACAAGUGUGGAUGCCACCUGCCUUUCGCCGUGGCGUGUAGCUACACGUAUAGUGCCUUUACUCUACUUGCCGCUGUAAGUGUAGACAUAGCCUUAGUACUGCUCUGAAAGGUGCCACUUGUUAAGUAUAUUCAUAACAAAGAAACACUGGAGUAAAACUUAAGUCAUGUUUUAUACAUUCCAAAGACAGAAAGCUCUUUGCUUACUUUUACUUUGUUCCUUUGAAUUUAUUUAUAUGUUAUAUAUAUGUAUGUAUAUAUAAAAAUAUAUGGGCCUCUAUGUGGCUGAUCAGUAUAUUUUGUAAAUAGUAAUCCCAAUUGCAGGAAGAUUUCAUCAAGUUUUCAAGUUCAUAUGAGUACUUCUGGAUCAAUAUUGGAUUCAUUGUAAUGUAAAAUAGCGUUGGGUUUUAUUUUACCUUUUGCAUAAUAAUUGCCUUUUAUUUGCUCUCAGAUCCAAAAAACACUUUUUUCCCCUUUUGGUAAAUAUUAUCUAUACUUUGUCUGCUAUAAAGCUAGUCAUUUCAGAUUCCUAAAGAAAGAAAUCACUGUUGUUUUUGAUCGGGAAUCUCUUAUUUCUUUUGUUAACUCUUUGCAUAUGUAUAUAAGUAAUAUAGCUGGUGACAAAAAAAUAACAUUUUUGUUAUGUGGAAAUAUUUAAGUCAGAAAUGUUAAUAAUAAUAAUUUUUUCCAACUUUGCUUUGUGUAUGUUGUUUUUAAAAGACAAUUUUAAAUGGAUAUUCUUAGUUAUUUCAAGGAAAAUGUGGAUAACUAAAAUUAUACAGCUCAAUUUUAAACAUAGAUGAUGGAAGUUCUCCUUUAAUUUCAGCAGUGCAUCUCAUUCCAGACAGGUUGUUUGGCCCUGCAAACCUGCCUUACACAUAUUGUAACUUCUGGAUAAUGGCAGCCUUUUGCUGGGAACCAAGAGGUUGCUAAUAAGCAGAACUUUUCAGUAAGGAGAUGCCAUUUGAAAUACAUGGUCAUUUUUCAGAGAACAGUGCUUUAAGACUCUUGAUCAUAUACCAAUCACGUAAUGAGUAGAUAUUUGUAAGAUAGUAAGUAACAAGUAAAUAGGGAGACUUGCCUUUUUUUCCUGAGUUCUCAACCCAUCGCAGUAGCGAAAGUCCUGCCAAUUAUGGUAAAUACCCUUUUAAUCCUUUUAAUAAGGUACAGUAUAUAUUUUAGAAUCAUGCCUUGCAUGUCUUUUGCCUGACACAAAGGUGUUUAAUGUCCUUCCUUUAAACAUAGGAGCUGCUCCAGAUUACUUGGAUAAGUUUGAAUUGGAAACUUUCAAAUGCAUUAUAUCUGCUGAUGCUCUGUAGUAGUGACGAGGUUGUGACUGUUACAUUGGUGUCCAGGGAAGAUCAGGUUGUUCAGGAAGUUUCUUGCUAAAAUAAAGACAUGUAAUGUGGACCAUGCCCUACCAGCAUCACACUGGAGAAAGGUAACAUCAAAAAUAAACCCUAUGUAUCCUAGAAGCCCUAGUCCAUCUUACUGUGGCAAUUGGGCUCUCUGAGUAAA